AGCUGAAGGCCACGGGCACAGCACACUUCUUCAACUUCCUCCUCAACUCCAGCGACUACCGCAUCCUGCUGAAGGAUGAGGACCACGACCGCAUGUACGUGGGCAGCAAGGACUACGUGCUGUCGCUGGACCUGCACGACAUCAACCGCGAGCCCCUCAUCAUCCAUUGGCCCGCGUCCCAGCAGAGGAUCGAGGAGUGCAUCCUGUCAGGCAAGAACAGCAAUGGGGAGUGUGGGAACUUCAUCCGCCUGAUCCAGCCCUGGAACCGGACACACCUCUACGUGUGCGGCACCGGCGCCUACAACCCCAUCUGUGCCUUCGUCAACCGCGGGCGCAAAGCCCAGGAUUAUAUCUUCUACCUGGAGCCAGACAAGCUGGAGUCGGGCAAGGGGAAGUGUUCCUACGACCCCAAAGUAGACACUGUCUCUGCAUUAAUAAAUGAGGAGCUUUAUGCUGGUGUGUACAUCGACUUCAUGGGCACGGACGCGGCCAUCUUCCGCACCAUGGGCAAGCAGACAGCCAUGAGGACAGACCAGUACAAUUCCCGCUGGCUCAACGACCCAGCCUUUGUCCGUGCCCAGCUCAUCCCUGACAGCAGCGAGAGGAAUGAUGACAAGCUCUACUUCUUCUUCCGAGAGAAGUCAGCUGAUGCCCCGCUGAGUCCUGGGGUCUAUUCCCGCAUCGGGCGCAUCUGCCUGAAUGACGACGGGGGCCACUGCUGCCUUGUGAACAAGUGGAGCACCUUCCUGAAGGCCCGGCUGGUCUGCUCUGUGCCGGGACCCGAUGGAAUUGAAACGCACUUCGACGAGCUCCAGGACGUCUUCAUCCAGCAGACUCAGGACACCAAGAACCCUGUUAUCUACGCUGUGUUCUCUGCUUCGGGGUCGGUCUUCAAAGGCUCUGCUGUGUGUGUCUACUCGAUGGCUGACAUCCGCAUGGUCUUCAACGGGCCCUUUGCCCACAAGGAGGGACCCAACUACCAGUGGAUGCCCUACACAGGAAAGAUGCCCUACCCCCGCCCAGGCACUUGCCCUGGGGGGACCUUCACCCCUUCCAUGAAGUCAACCAAGGACUACCCCGACGAGGUGAUCAACUUCAUGCGCGCGCACCCGCUGAUGUUCCACGCCGUGUACCCCACGCAAUCGGGGCACCGUGCAGAAGGUCAUUGUGCUCCCCCGGGAUGACAUGGAGACAGAGGAGCUCAUGCUGGAAGAGAUUGAAGUGUUCAAGGUGCCAGCCCCCAUCAAGACGAUGACCAUCUCCUCCAAGAGGCAACAGCUGUAUGUGUCCUCGGCCGUAGGCGUGACGCACCUGGCGCUGCACCGCUGUGACGUGUACGGGGAGGCCUGUGCCGACUGCUGCCUGGCGCGGGACCCCUACUGCGCCUGGGAUGGCAGCGCCUGCACCCGCUACUCCGCCUCCUCCAAGAGGCGCAGCCGGCGGCAGGACGUGCGGCACGGCAACCCCAUCCGGCAGUGCCGCGGCUACAACUCCAACGCCAACAAGAACACGGUGGAGGCCGUGCAGUACGGGGUGGAGGGCAGCACAGCCUUCCUGGAGUGCCAGCCCCGCUCACCCCAGGCCAGCAUCAAGUGGCUGCUGCAGAAGGACAACAGCGACCGGCGGAAGGAGGUGCGCGUGGAGGGCCGGGUGCUGCGCACGGAGCAAGGCCUGCUGCUGCGCGCCCUGCAGCUCAGCGACAGCGGCCUCUACUCCUGCACCGCCACCGAGAACAACUUCAAGCACACGGUGACCAGGGUGCAGCUCCGCGUCCUCAGCAGCCGCGCCGUGCACACCGUGCUGGUCCAGGCAGAGAGCCCGGCCCCCGGCCUGCCCGGCGCCCCCACUCCCCGCUACCAGGACCUGCUGCAGCUCCUCAGCCAGCCCGAAAUGGGACUCCUGGACCAGUACUGCCAGGGCUACUGGAGGCACACGGCCGCCAGCCCCCCGCAGCCGCUGGCCGGCCUCAAAGCCAAGGAGCAGCAGGAGCAGAAGAAGCCUCGGAACCGCCGGAAUCACCAGCCAGAGACCUAUGGGCAUACAUGAAACCAUCAUCAGGGACUUUGCUAGCACAGUGGUCUAUUUUUCCCCCCUUUUAAUAUUAAAAAUAUCUAUAAAUAAAUAUAUAUAUAUAUAUAUA